UUUGAUUUGACCACUUCUUGUGCCUAUUUUGUUCUACUUCCUCUCCAUACAUUUUUCCUAUUUACUCUUAAAUAAUGACCAAAAAAUAGGUAUUAUACUAAUUAUGAAACUCCAAAAUUCUCUUCUUCUUCAAUCCUCUUCUCCUUCAACCCUUUGUUUUCUCAAUUCAUCUCCAAAAUCAAACAAAUGGGGUCAUAAAAAUCCAAACUUUAUUUGUAAACUUGUUCUUUUUAGCCCAAAAUCACUUAGGUCACAAAAAAAUGACUCUAAAGGUCAUAGUAGCAUACAACCAUGUUGUUGUAGUUCAAGAUUUGAUGAAGAAAAUUUUGAUGGUGAAGGGAUUGAAAGAGGGGAAAAUGAAGGGUCUUGUGCAAUUUUUGGGAGUAAAGAUUCAAUUUUUCCAUCAAAAUUUGAGUCUCUUGAGCCAAGCUUGUUUGGUAUUGAGGCAGAACCAGAAGCACCAUAUUGGCCAGAAAGGGAGGUAGUUUUAUGGGCACAUAUAGAACAAAAAGCCAAAAGUUUUGGACUUCCUUUGUCACUUAGAAUGAUGCAAAAGAAACAUCAAUGGGAAUCUUGUAGAUUUAAAGAUUUAAAGGUAACAAAUUCUUGCACAUCAAAGGCUUUAAAUUCAUUGGUAUUCAUUAUUGUGGAGUUGCAAACUUAUGCAUUGCAUAUGAGGGAAUCAAUUUGUAAUGAAGAUUUAGAAAUGAUUAUUGAUAAAGUGCAAAGGGAUAUGUAUGCAUCAUUUGUAUGUCUUUUUCGACAAGUAUUUUCGCAAACACCUAUGUUAAUGAUGGAGGUAAUGACUCUCUUGGCUAACUUUAGUGUUUACUCUGCUUCUGGUGAGAAUUGUGAUCAACCAUAUCUAAAAGUUCAUUAUCCUGAUAUUGUUCCUCAAGAUAUGUCAAAAGUAGUGUGGAGUGAUGAAGAGAAAGAAUUGUGGGAUUCAAUACAAGAUGAAGCUUUGAAUAUGAGGGGUGGUUCAAGGGGCAUUGAUUUUGAUAAUGAAGUCAUGUCGAAGUUUGUUUCGCCAUUGUCGGUGGAGAUUGAACCAGAUAAUAGUGUUGACUAUUAUAAGACUGAUCUUGUUUAUCAGAUGAAUCUCACACAUGAGCCUAAUAACACUCUUUUGCUAUGCAAUUAUGCAAACUUUCUGAAAGUUUUCGUUCGAGAUAAUAAUAGGGCGGAGGAGUGCUUCAAACGGGCAGUCCAAGUGGAACCACCAGAUGCAGAGGCCCUAUGUCAGUACGCGAUCUUCUUGUGGAAGGUUAAGAACGACUUGUGGGGAGCAGAAGAAAAAUACCAACAGGCAGUGGCAGCUGAGCCUAGGAACCCUUAUUAUAGAUGUACAUAUGCCAAUUUCUUGUGGAACACGGGUGGCGAAGAAACUUGUUUCCUUCCUAGUAGUACUUCUUCUAUCAAUAACAAAAAGGGCGAAGAAGUUUAGUCGUAAAUGCAUCAAACUGAAGGAGAAAAAUGGGAAAUGGCUAUAUUAUUUGUUCUUGAUUUUCUGUGUCUAGAUUGAGUAGAGUGAUUUGCAUGGGAGCUGUUCACCACCACCACCAACAACAUCUACGGUUCAGUACCAAACAAGUUGAGAUCGGCUAUAUGAAUCUGUACUGUCAGAGGGAAAGAUCAUAGUUCGAGAUCAAUUUUGUGGUCGAUAAUAAGUGAAUUGAGUUCUCAAAUUUUUGUAGAGUAGGGUAUUUCAUCUUUUGACUGACUUGUUAUUAGUAUAUUUUUUGUAUUUUUGAGUGAGUUUGGUAAAAAAAAAAAAAAACAUAAUCAAUUGGGAAUGUCUUGUAUGAUUAAUCAUUGUGUUACUUCCUACAUUGUAUAUCAACGUACAUUUUCUUUUUCUUUUA